AAGAAUACUCAUCAGCUGAAGAAGACUUGGGAGUACUUAAAGAAUAAAGUGAAGAAGGAUCACAGCAGGUACAUCCGGGAAACCCAUCAGACUGGUGGUGGGCCACCACCAGCCCCACCAAAACCAGCUGAUGAGGUAAUGCUGAUUGUACAGCUGAUCCUUAAUAAUAGGCUGCCAGUACCUGAUGACAUCUUUGAUAGUGAAUUUGUAGAAGCAUGCGUACUGGCCCGACUCAAUUCCACAGCACUGGAAUGUGCUGACACACCUGAAGCUGCAGGACAGCAGCCAGCACAAGAUCUGGUCUUGGACAACCCUGGCAGUCCACUUAUCAUCAGGAGUGAGGACUGUGGUAUAACUUAUAGAUGCGGAAAUGAUGUGGACCUCCCAGGUGCUAGAACCUCCGCUCAUCCUGUACUAAAAAAAGGCACCUGCUCUGCUCACAGCAGUAGUGCCACAGCUGCCACCCAAAACCAGUCCUUCACAGGACGAAAGAGGAAGGCAGCAGAAAGCAAAUAUGCUGCUUAUGGCAGGUGUGCCAAGCAGCAGAAACACUUUCGUGAUGAACUGGCCUCAACAUUUGAGGCCCUUGCUGCAAAAGUGGCGACAACGCUGGACAGCGUAGCUUCUGCUGCCGAUAAAAUUGGGUCGGCGGCAGACAGAAUGGCAUCUGCUGCAGAGAGAAUUGCUGCAGCCCUUGAAAGGGUAGCUGGUAUACACCAACCACUACCAUAAGGUACCACUGAAGAAAAUAAAAAUAAAGAAUAACUUGAAGUGUA